AUGCGUUCCUACGCACGUACAGGCCUGUUGGCCACGCUCGCCAUCGCAACGCAACUACUCGUCGUUGUGUCCGCGCAAGAAGACCGACCGAAAGGAAACUUCCGACAAUGUUUGGAAGUUAGCCCAGAAUGUCCAGUGUUUGCAACACUAUACGGGUACCGUCCCAACCUAGGAGCUAAUGCCUUUCUUUGCGCCCUCUUCGCCAUUCUGUGCAUCGCCACGCUAGUAAUUGGAGUUCUGAGCAAGACAUGGACCUACACAGCUGCACUGGCAAUUGGAACUUUUCUUGAAGCUGCAGGAUACGCUGGGCGCGUCAUCAUGAACGACAACCCCUGGAGCGAAUCUGGUUUCAAACUACAAAUCUGCUGUCUGGUCCUUGGUCCUAGUUUUGUCGCGGCUGGCAUCUAUCUCACCCUGAAACACUUUGUGCUAUACUGCGGACCCCAGCAUUCGCUCCUCAAGGCACGUCUCUAUCCCUGGAUCUUCAUCGGCUGCGACUUCGGUUCCAUUGUACUCCAGGCAUGUGGUGGUGGUAUGGCGGCCGCAGGUGGCACAACAAACAAGAAGCUUAUCGAUGGCGGCAACAACCUCAUCGUAGCUGGUAUUGCGUUUCAGGUUGUCACCAUGGCUGUAUGUGGUGGACUGGUCCUCGUUUACAUUUUCCGAUACCGCAAGGCCCGCAAGAACCAGGCUACCAUUGGGGAGAAGAGCACGUACGAAAUGGACAAGGAGACAGGCGCUGUGAAGCUUGCCAAGAUCAAGCUGUUUGGAUGGAUCGUCGUGUUGGCAUACACUACUGUGCUCAUUCGAUGCAUCUACCGUUUAUCAGAGAUGGCUGGUGGAUGGGGAAAUUCGCUGAUGCGAAACGAGAAAGAGUUCCUCUUGCUCGACGGCAUGAUGUUAGCUAUUGCUUGCACGGUGCUUGUGUGCUUCCACCCCGCAUACUUCUUCCCUCCCUUUGCUGCUUUCCGUCGUAACAAGUAG